AUGGGCGACCGCAAUAGAGCUGCGGCGGCGCACCAGAACCAUCAUGUGCACAUCGCCGAGCCGGAGCGCCGGCCACUCCUGGAAAGGGCGUACUUCAGCCACCAGCACGACCAGGAGCCCGUCUUCUCGUGCUUCACAAACCCGCACUCUCACCUGCCCGUCUACACCAACAUCCAUCGCAUACGCAGAGAUAUCAUCUCCAUCGUCGAGGACUACAUGACCCUCGAGCAGCUGAGGGACGUGCGCAUCAACAUCUCGGUCGUGCGGCCCCUGGUCGACAAGCUGUACGAGAUGGACGACAUAUCCAUCGUCUACUGCCUGCUCGUCAACCGCGCCCAGUUCCUCUACGAGCAGUCCCACCUGAACAAUCGCCAGAACGUCAACUUCACCCGCGCCACCCUCUGCGAGCUGGUCGCCGUUAGGAUCCUGCGCCGCUUCAACGAGGACAACGAGGGCCCCGAGGGUCUGCUCGUGCUCGCGCACAUCCUCGUCGCUGGCUUUGAACCCUUCCAGAACGCACCGGAGUCCAUUCGUCGUGAGGCCCAGCUUUCUAACGAGAGGCUGGCCUAUCAUCGAACGCUGCCUGCGCUCGAGGUGGCCGUGCUGAGCGAGAGCAAGCUCUUCCUCAGCUCGACAUCGUGCCAGAAAGUCGUUGAUGCAAUCUACGAAGGGAGGGUCAUCUACACACCGUCCAGCUUCCUGAACGUCAUUCCUGACCGGUACAAACAAAAGCCAAUCUCGCUCUACGAUCCACGCGAGGGUGGCUUGCUGAACCAGUAUCGCUUGAUUGUCCCCCGGACUCGGAACUUCCUCGAAGUGUGCCAGUUCAUCAUUCUCCUCCUACUCUAUCUUGCUUUCAUGGCCGAACGGCAAGUGGCGCGGGUGACUGUCAUUGAGGCAUGUUUUGCCAUCUACGCGUGCGGCUGGGUCCUCGACCAGUUCGCAACGAUACUCGAACACGGCUGGCACGUCUACACACAGAACCUGUGGUCCUUCCUUGACGUGACAUUUGCCAUCAUCUACUGGAUAUAUCUCAUCUUGAGGAUCCAGAGCUGGCGUGCAGGCUCUGAGGAGCUGGGCCAGCAGGCGCUAGAUGUCCUGGCGAUAGGAGCGCCAGUGCUCAUCCCUCGCUUGGCCUUCAACCUCAUGUCCGACAACCUUCUCUUUGUUUCGCUACGAGCCAUGAUGGCCGAUUUUACCGUCUUGACUGUCCUGGCUGGGUGGUGCUUCGCAGGGUUCAUGCUCUCGCUCGCAUGGUUAGGCCAGGGAGUCCACCCACUGGUGACCAUCGGCAGGUGGAUGAUAUACAUCUGGUUCGGACUGGACGGGUCCGGGAUCUUGCGCUCUGCCGAGUUCCAUUGGCUCCUGGGCCCCUGCCUGAUGGUCGCUUUCGCCUUCUUGGGUAAUACCCUCUUCCUGACCAUCCUGGUGUCGAUGCUGUCCAACACGUUCAGCACCAUUGUCCAGAACGCCACAGCCGAGAUCCAAUACAGGCACGCUGUGCUCACGCUCGAGGGUGUCAAGAGUGAUGCUAUCUUCGCCUACCAGCCGCCGUUCAACAUCGUCGCUCUCCUGGUCUUGGUCCCUCUCAAGUUCAUAGCCAGCCCACGCUGGUUCCACAAGAUCCACGUCGCCAGCGUGCGCGCCAUCAACCUCCCUCUCCUCCUGAUCAUCGCCGUGCUGGAGCGCCGGCUGCUGCCAUCUCACGGCGGGCCGGCUCCCAACCCGGCCGACAAGCAGCCGCCGCGCCUGCGGCAGUGGUUCUGGGAGAAGUGGCGCAUCACGGCGCACGGCGACAUCCAGGCGGUCUUUGAGCUCCCGCCGCCCGAGGAGGUCGAGGACGAUAUCGCCGUCGACGACGACCUGACGCGCCACCUCAUCAGGCGGCAGUUCACCCGGCGCGAGACGGAGCCGAACAUCCCGAUCCUCAAGAGCGUCAAGACGCGCAACGCCGCCGCCGCCGAGCAGCGCGGCCCCAGCGAGUCGACGGCGAGCGGGACGCCCGCCGGAGCGCCGUCGGCCGAGGGCUCGCGGGCGCCGAGCCGGGCGGAGGACCGCGGCGGCGGCGGCGAGGGCAAGUCCUCGACGCGGCAUCACACCCGGACGCCGAGCCGGCGGGACAGCAUCGCGCCGUACGCGGGGCUGGCGCAGCAGGUGCGCGGCGUGCUGCGCGAGUCGGAAGAGAUGUCGGACGUCGGCGACAGGCUGACGGCGCUCGAGGAGUCGAACGCGCGGAUCGAGGCGCUGCUGGCGCGGCUGCUCGAGAGCGGCGGGGACGGGGACGGGGAGGAGGCUGUGAGCGAGAGCGUGGAGGACGGCGAGGCGAGGCUCGGGAUGACGGGGGGGCUGCGGGACCUGGAUCGGUCGGCGCAGAAUCAGGAGGAGUGA